AGAGCAGAGGGACCAAGAGGGACGGGCAGGAGGCUUGUUUGCCUCCAAAUGAGCCAAUGAGACCGGCUUUACAUUAGACUGACAGCCCGAUUCGACGAGCCCGGAGACGCCAAUCUGGUUUGACUACUAUCCGACAGCCAAUACCGAUCCACGACCGACAGGAACGGAGGGAAACUACAAAAUACGAAUUUGUCUUCCUGUAGGUCAAAACGUUACCUGCCACCUGUGGGACGGUGGAGGCUGUUAGAGAUGGCCCUGUCUCAGUGUCUGGAGGACUCACCUUUGAGGUUGGGUUCAAAACAAACCGGGGGCAACGACCUGAACCUGCAGGAGGUGUACAACGAGACCCACCGGCUGGCUUUGGAGGAGCUGCUGUCAGGAGGGGUCGACAGCUUCCAGGACUUCCUCAGGAAAGAGAGGGUCCCCAACUUUCUGUCGGACGAUGAAGUCCAACGGAUCAGGAGCGCCACCGUGGCCCCGCGGUGCGUGUCCUUCUACGGAGAGGACCAGGUGCUGGAGCAGUCGCAGGACUGCUCCUCCGUCACCUAUUUCCCCGAGGUAUCGGACGUGGAGCCGCCGCUGCUGGAGAUGGGCUGGCCCGCCUUCACCACUGGCUCCUACCGGGGAGUCACACGGGCCGUGGCGUACUUCCAGCCCAGCUACGGGGCGUGCAUCUACAGCUGCAAGGAGGCUGCGAGGCGCAUGAUUAAAAGUGCCAGAGAGGUGAUUGCCAUAGUUACAGACUCCCUGACAGACCUGGAUAUCUUUAAAGAUCUUCAGGAGGCAUGCUCCAGCCGCAAAGUCCCUGUCUACAUCCUGCUGGACCAAUCAGGUGCUCCCGCGUUCCUCAAGAUGUGCAGAAAUGUCGGUGUUUGCUUGGAUGACCUUCGGCAAAUGAGAGUGAGAACCAUAACUGGUACAACAUAUUACAUGAGAUCAGGAGCACGGAUUACUGGCGAGGUUCAUGAGAGGUUCAUGUUGAUUGAUGGAACCAGAGUGGCUACAGGUUCCUACAGGUUCAACUGGACCGAUGGCAAACUGAACAGCAGCAACCUGAUCGAGCUUUCCGGUCAGAUAACAGAGAAAUUUGACGAGGAGUUCCGCAUCCUCUACGCCCAGUCUCUACCUAUAAACACUCAGGGACCUCCAAGUGUUCGAAACAGCGGCAUCUACGAACACCUGCUCAUCAAAAACCCAGUCACCUCCUCCCCUCACCCGGCCAGGGAGAGGCCUGUAGAGCCGGUGUGUCUGACCAGCACGCCCAGCCAUAAGCCCCCAACCUCAGCGGUGGAGCUGCCGGGUGAACCCUCAACUGAAGAGGCGGGUCUUAAAGCCACCCCAGCGUCCGACACGUCCACCAUAGGUGAGGACUGGGCGGAGGAGCAGCACUUAAAGGAGGAGAUCCUGGCUGGUAGCACUGCUCUGAGCUUCCCUGCAGACAAGGUAGCAGAAAGAGAGCUAAUGACCCCCAGCACUGUGUCCUGCCACGUCUCAACUCAGACCAGUUGGUCGGUGGCAGACAGAGACAUCCAGACUGACCUUCAGCUCACACAACAACCCAACCUCAUCCUAUCCGACACCUCCACCACCACCACCCAGAGCCAGAGCCAGAACCAGAGCCAGAGCCAGAACCAGAACCAGAGCCAGAGCCAGAGCCAGAGCCAGGACACCUCUUCCUCCUCCGCUUAUCCCAAACAGACCUCACCCACCCCGGCAGCUCCAGACGACACCUUGAAGGGCUGCUUCGACAAGCUGUCCAAAGAACGCCAACACUACUACUCAACCAUCCGCUUCAAGCUGGAGCACAUGGUGACCUCCCUGUCCCAAAGGCGAGAGCUCGCGGACGUCACCAACAUGACUCAGUGGCCUGGCACUUCCAGCAGGCAGAAGGUACACAAAGACUGUGGGCAGGGACCGAACCCCAGCCUGCGUGUUGAAAGUGUGGGCACAGGCACGGGCACAUGGCCAAGAGCCAGAUGUUUAUACUAGUUUGUCUCUGGCUUCAGGGAUUUCGUUGACAGAGGGUUUUUAGGGAAAGAGCUGUUGCAAAGUUUCUUGUGGGUCUUCUGUUUCAAAUAAACGGUUUUAGCUUAUGCAGUAGAAUUUCAGCUUUAUUCUAUUUGUUAUUAUUUUCUGCAGUGCCUGCUUUUGUCCUUUUUAGUUGCUGUGUUCUGUCCAUGUCGAAGCAAUUUUUGGUGUAAUGGUAAUGCAGAAUUGUAAUUGACAUUAACAUCUUGCAGAAAUCAUAGACACCGUGCAAUAAUCACUUUUUGACCAUGUCAGUUUAAUGAAUAUCAUUUGCUGAGGCGGUUAAGACUGGAUAAUAUCUGCUGUUGUGUGAGUGAAAAUGCAUCAAAGUGCUUAUGUGUUUAUGUGAUGACUGUUUUGGUUAUUUAAAUCAAAAUUGACUACUGUAACUGCAUCUGAGCAUCAUUCCAAAGAGCUCUCACUGUGCCUUAAUAAUAAAUAAGGUUGUAUUUUGCUA